UCGAUGAGGACAGAGAUUCCAUACCACGUCAUACCAGAGUCUACGACUGGUCUGCUAGUACUAGUUGUGAGUUUGACUAUGGAUGAAGUUCUUAUCGACAUGAAAGCUUUAGCUGUGGACACUAAAAAGAUUCAGCAGAACGAUGAGGAGGAGACUGUAGUAUAUGACGUUGGAUAUGAGCAGGAACCGUUUGAUAAGUGGCUGGAGGAUAACAUGCCGUCUGUUAUCAGAAGUGACAAGGCUGAUUUUGUUGGAGUGUUACGAGAUAACCAGGCCUCCAUAAAUAAACCUGAAAGUGAUGUAAUGGGGUUGAUGAAUGCUUUCACACGAGUGAUUGCCUCAGACCGGGAACUCGUUACUAAACAGCUGCUGUUUAGUCUGGCAGAGAAGUUCCAUGUCACCUCAGGGAAGUGGAUGCUGAUUCCUGUUAAAACCGGACUAAAGGUUGAUGUUCUGUGGACUAAAGUGGCUAAGGCCAUCGCAGAAGCCCAAAUUCCGUGCCAUUAUGCCAAGGUGUCCACCAUGAAUGCUGAUAAGCUUAUGACAGAUCCCUCACAUGUAAUUUGUAUCUACAACAACAAUUUUCUCAAUUUAGAUGAAGUGAGAGCCUUGGAAAGUGGUAUUCGUUCAAUAGGAUUACGAGGGAAGCUCUGUUACAAACCUGAUGUUUACACAUACUGUGGUAUAUACAGUAGAAACCAGUGGGGAAUAUCUCCGAUCAUCUCCAAAAGCAACUACGACAUCAAAUUGGAGAAGUCGAGGAUUGAACUGUUUUAGAGAAUUUAGUCAUGAUUAAAUCCCAGUUAAAUCUAGUUUUGGUGAAGUUUUCCAUAAACUGGUAAAUAAUACGAGCGCAGCUCUCUGGCACCAGUUCUGGCACCAGUUCUGGCAAAGUUUACAAUACACUGGUAAAUAAUACGAGUGCAGCUCUCUGGCACCAGUUCUGGUAAAGUGUACCAUACACUUGUACUGGUAAAUAAUAUGAGCGUAGCUCUCGGGCAUCGCUGUCUUACCAUAACACCCGUGGGUAUUGUUUUGUUGCCGUUACCAGAUUAUCCAAUACCCAACUGCUUCGAAGAAUGUGUGCCAGCGGGAAAUGUCUCUUGCCUCCACUAUAGGCCACCAUUUUGAAAAUACUUUUUUUUUAUAUUGACAUGCGCAAUUGAUGUAACCCAAAUACAAUCAUGCCUUACUCCUAAAAUAAAGACGUUGUUCAUGCUGUAGCGAUAUCUAGCCUUG